AUGUCCUCAAGCCGCCAUGGGAAGCAGACCGACUCAGCUGGGAUGUAUGAGAAUACGCCUAGCAGCGGCACGUCCCGGUCCCUUUCAUGGCCGAAUGGUUCAAUAUGGAAUGCAGGCAGCACCAAUGAUCUAGUGCCACCAAAGGAUCCGGCAGACCUUAUCCAGGAACUCUUAAGACACGCGCAGAUAUUAGCUUGCAUGAGAUGGCUAGGGGAAUUCCAGAUUCUGGCUUACAUCCCGUCGGACCAAAGAGUUGGAUACGCGGAUCUGGCAGACUUGACCGGCGUGCCUGAAGUGCAGAUCCGGCGAGUUGUUCGAACGACGGCCAGUAUUGGUUUAUUGUGCGAACCUCAGCCAAGUUAUGUGGCACACACGCCUCUAUCAAUCCAGUUCCUGAAGCGGCCGUCUCUGUUCGAUGCUCUAAUGUUUGCUACCGACACUGUCAUCCCGACCUCUCAGAGCAUGGCCGAAGCAACGCGACAAGAAGUAGAGCAUUCCGAAGCCAUCAAGAGCCCAUUUCAGAUCGCGACGCAUUUCUCAUCUGCACUGCCAGUCGCUUGCAAGGCAGAUCCACGGCUACUUCGGAGGUCGUGUGCCUUUCAGCGUCUCGGCUCUCUCAGCAAAGCCAAGGCUCUCACGAAGCUCCUUUCGCCGAUUGAUUGGGAGGGGCUCGGCCAGGCGACCGUGGUUGAGAUUAAUGCCGGGUCUACUGUUACGGCGAGGGCGCUAUCUGGAAGAAACCACUCUGUUCGCUUCAUCCUACAAUUGUCCCCGGACACGGCGAGGAAAGUAGAAUCGAAUAACUUGAUCAUUGAAAGUCGCACCCUUGGGGCUCCUCAACGUCAAGAAAAUGCCGCUCUCUACCUCUUGCAUCUCCCUGACCCCUUUUCUUUUUCAUCUUCGGCAGACCAUGCUGAAGCAUCGAAGGCAGAGCUCCGUGCUCACCUUGACGUGCUCAGGGCAAAUGAAAAGGCUACACUGAUCUUGAUCACGGAGAUUCUACCUGAGAGUGGCACGGCCAGUGGCCCAGUGGAGUCUACAGCCUGCAUGAAAGACCUACUACUCAUGCAGAUGGGUCACAGAGAGGCACUGGACGUGGGCCGUCUAGGGGCGUUGUUGGAAAGUGUCCGCGAGGACGCAGACCAUCUCACAAUUGUGAAUAAGUUCAUGGCACCAGACUAUCCAUUACUGGCGUUUGAACUACGCACUCGCCCGCCCUCUGCUGGAUGA